AUGAUGACGCCAAUCCGCUAUGUUUUUUUGGUGCUGGCCAUCAUCGUUAGUCUUCACUUCAUCCUCAGCUUCUCUCAUGAGGACUACAACAAGGCUACCUCAUUAUCUCGUAUCACCGGAAUGUACAAGGAAACAGCACCACCGAAGACACCUCCAACGUACUACGAUUAUGGCCUCAGGAACAGCACGCGUGCCAAUGCCACCUUUGUUCUCCUUGCACGGAACGCGGACCUAUCUGGGAUUGUUAGUAGCAUGAAACAGAUGGAGGACCGUUUCAACAAGCACUACAACUACCCGUAUGUCUUCCUCAAUGAGGAGCCGUUUAGUGAAGAGUUCAAACAGUGA